CCGACGUUCGGAAACUGAUCGACAUUCACGGGGUCGACAGAGAAACCGGGUUCGUUUUUAGUGAUGCUGGAACUCAUUAUAGUAUAGUGUUGUGCCAGGUGAAAAUUUCGGUGUGCUAAAUUUCAUGCAAUGGCUGCAUCAUUAGGACAAUCCAGUCACCAACUAGUUUACAUUUGCUUGAUAUGUUCCGAUACCAAGGAAUACCAGGACAUCUCAGCUCAUGGCUACUCCAAUCAUAAGAUGCAGCUGUUGAUCCCCGAUGAGCUACUGCCGGCUCAAAUAUCGAACCUUGGCCACGAAUUGCCUCAUUUGGAAAUAUUUAGCUGUCCUUACUGCAACAAAGAUCAUCUAGGCAUCUCGAACCUGUACGAACACUUUAUUCUGGAACAUCUCGAUGACGCCAUCGCAGUGCGUUGCCCGAUUUGUGUCUUUCACGGACGGAACCUCACACGGAUAGAGAAUAUUCCUCUAACCGAGCACAUCGCGACAGCUCACAGUGCCACUCACGAAGAGUACGAAGGAAUGGUCGCAAUUCUUACAAGUGAAAGUGAUAACAGAAUAUCACUGAUUAAAUAUGUCACUACUACACUUCAGCCUACAUUCUGCUGUGGAACGAGCACUAAUACCAACCGAAUCGAAACCAGAAACCAGAGGUUUGGAAGCGCGGUGAUUGGUAUGGAAGACUUUAUUGAAGCGUUAUUAAGAAGUUUGGAAAUAUUUCCCAUCAAUUGCCCCGAAACCGAUGCCACUGAAGCAUUAGGUACUGAAUCUAAGAAGAAUGCUAAUCAGACAACAAAUAAUGAACCUGAUGAAGACAGCACAACUUGUUCUAUCUGUUGGGAACCGAUGCUUCCCGAAAGUCUACGUAAAUUGUCGUGUAAGCACAACUUCCACACUAAAUGUAUAGAGGCUUGGAUCAGACAAAAUUCCACGUGUCCUAUAUGUAGAAGACGUGUCUAGCAAUGAACUUCAGAAAUUGUGAAAUGAAACUAAAAAUGGUACUUCUAAGCUAACCGUACCCUUGAUCAUCGUAGCUCCAUUCAUUCAUCCAGCAAUCGGCGCGGUUCUCUAGGUCCAUCGGCCAAGUUUAUUUAUUUCAUAACAAUAAAAUUUAACUAUUGCAGGUAAA